CAAUAUGCCUAAAGAAGAAGAUAUUAAUACAAACAAACAAGUUAAGCUUAAAGAAAUGUUUUCUAGAGAUGAUGUGCUAUCUGGAAAUUGUAACGUGACCAAAGAGAUUAAGGCUGAAGAGGAACUUCUUCAAGACAGCAAUGAUAGUAUAACUCAAGAGAAAUGUUAUACUGAUGAUCGUGAAGCUAAAAUUUGUGACAUGACAAAUGUGGAAAUACAACAAAUUACACUAAAACAGGUUAUUGAUUUUGUUGAAGGGUUAACCAACAUUACUGAAAUAUGUGCUGCAAAAUUUCAUAUCCAUUUGAUUUCUUCCAGAUGGUAUUAUAAAGACCUCGAUGGCUCCAAUGAACCUUUUUUUACUGCAGAAAAGUUUAUCGAAGAAAAUAGUACAACAUUCCAAUGCGAAUCACUUGUGUCUAUUAAUUAUCUAUGUGCAUUUCAACAAGCCAACCGAGACUUUCUUGAAGAAAGCCUUAAUUCGUCUCAACAAAAAAUGCUUUAUGAAAAGUUACAUGGAAUGUAUAAAAAAGCUAUUCAAAAGGCAUUACAAAGUAAAGUUAAGUCACAGCAGCUUAUUAAACUCUUGCAAGAUUAUACGGAAAAGAGCAAUGAAGUGUCUGAAGAAGAAACAGAAGAGGCCAAAGAAGAAAGUGAUGAUGAUAAAGAAAGCAAUAAUGAUAAAAAAAAUCAAAUGCCUGCAUUGUUAAAUCUGAAAAAAAGACGUAGAAAAGGUUGA